GACGACGACGACGACGACUGCGUUGGCCCAAGCGGAAGCAGCUAUACGAGUGAGUGAAGCUAUUCGAUCGAUUUUCGAGCCGGCUAGCAGCUCGCUACGCGCGCGUUUAACGCCAUCGGUUUUCCAUCGGUUUUUCAGAGGUACCUCGAGGACGAGCGGGCGACCAAUCAUCCGGAGAUAGUCGGCGUUGCCUGGAUACAGAGCAACGAGCGUUUGAACGUCUGGAGGAGGAUCCACCUGCUGCUGCGAGAUCGAAAGCUCUGUCAAACGAAAAAGUACGGCAAGCAACUCAGGGAAAACUACAGAGCCUUCAAGAACAAACAGUGCGAGCAACAAACCGACGGUCCGAAGGAUCGAUACGUCAACUACAACGUGUCCAACGAAUCGGUACGGUCUCGCGUGGCCAUGGACUUUACCGGCAGCGUAGGGAGGAUCGUCGACGACCCGAAGGAGGCGAAGAACAUCGCCGAGAACGAGGGUGUAAACUGGCGGCGCACCUGGAGGCCGUUCUCGCGACCGCCGCCGAGUUGCGCGGUGGUCAGGCUCCACGGCCUCGACGACGGUAUCCACGUUCUGCAACCGUGGUUCCACAGAGGGCUCAAGAGAGACAUCGCCGCGGCGAUCGUCCGUGACCAGGGCUCCGUCGACGGGUUUUCGACGAACGUUGCAACUGCUGGCUGUACACCCUGGACAAAGGCGUGACUAGGUUCUACGAUCUGCUGCAGCUGAUCGAGUUCUACCAGUUGAACGCGGGCUGCCUGCCCACCCGGUUGACCCAUUACGUGCAAAACGGCGUGCCGGAGAUGCUGCCGUUGCCGGUCCCGGUGCCGUUGUCGCAGUCUGACGACGGCGGUUCGCCACCGUCGCCGACGGAGCUCGAUCAGACGACUACGACUACGACGACUACGACUACGACGACGACGACGACGACCGACAGCGGUGGCGGCGGUGGCGGCGGCGGCGGUGGCGGCGGCGGCGGCGGUAGCAGCGACACGGCCGGUAACAACAACGUUGUCGAGCUCUCCAGCAACAACGCAGCCAACGCCGCCUCGUCCAACAUCGGCGUCGGUCACAAGAGCAUC